GUGUCCCAGCCCCGCCUCGCGACGGACCAGCUCUUCCUGGACAUCUUUCUGAACGUCGUCUGAGGAGCCAUGCCGGACUGGAACUCGCCCACCGAGCUCGCGCUCGAAGCAUCCGCCUUCGCCAAACUCAUGCACGCCCUCGCCGGCCUGUACUUCUGGGAGGUGGCGACAUCGCUUAGCUUUGACUGGCAAUACAUCACAGGAAAGAAGAGAUUUCAUUGGCCUUUGAUCUUCUACUUCUUGGAUCGGUACCUUCUCGUGUUCGCCAUGAUCGGAAUUCUUACAGCACUUGAUGUCACAACUGAGGUCAAUUGCCAGACGCUGUAUACCUUCAACCAACUCGUCGGACAAGCGACCAUCGGCCUUGCGAGUAUCAACCUUGCUAUACGGACAAUGGCACUCUGGUCGCAAAACUUGUACAUUGUCGUUCCACUCGUCUUGGUCAUCCUUGGCCAUUGGUCGCUCAUUCUUCAAGGUGUGCUGCUGAAGGCUGUGUGGAUGCCAGGCCAAGGCUGCCUUAUCACACAUACGAACAACACUGUGCUCGCGGCGACAUUCAUUUAUAGCAUGUGCUUCGACUUUAUCGUGCUCGUUCUCACCGCCGCCAAGCUUGCGUUCCCCCAAGGCCAGCGUUCGCAGCUGAUGAAAUUGCUGUUCAAGGACGGGUUGAUCUAUUUUGUCAUUGCCUUCCUUUCGAACUUGCUGGCAACGACGUUCAUGCUGCUUAACCUGAGUGCGGUCAUGAGCAUCGUAUUCAAUGUUCCUUCUGCAGUCGCGUCGACGAUUGUAGCAUGUCGCGCCGUCCGGCGCCUGAGCGAAUGGGCAAACUCAAAGCACGAAGUAUACUCCGGUCGCAGCGGUGGACAGAGCCGCUCUGCGCCGAUGGCCUUCAAUCGCCCGCCUGGGAUGACAAUCUCGUCAGGGGACACAGCAGCCAUCCGGUACCCGCACGUCCACAAGGCGUCGGACGGGGUGCACGUCCAGAUGGAGACAUUCGCCAUGGCGGACUCGGAGGACACGGACACCAAUAUCAGCCCUCAGAAGACGUUCGAAGUUAUCGAGGACCCGGAAAUCAGCGGGGAUUUCAAGCGGCCACCGUACUGAGCGAGAACUGCUUUCUUCGUAGGGCGAGGCUGCGGUUUGCACCCGCCCGUGCGCUGUGCGUUUUGGUUACAUCAUUAAACUUUAUGACACUGUCAGUGGUCUAGAAACACUCGCUUGAUUGAUGGCGUUCAUUACUGUAGCUAGAUGUACUCAAUUUGCUCUUGGGCGUGCCCGCUGUCUGCUGCUGUUAAACUACAGCGCUUUCCGUAACGGGCGCACCGGCGAAGCACGUGACGAGACUGCCAUUUCACC